GUGCUUCUGGAUGCACCUAUAAAAUGGAAUAAAGGUACGAUUUAUUCCAAAUUUCAAUUUAACGUAAAUUUACAUGAUGCAAGAGUAAUGCAAACAAAGAGGUUAUUCAUUGAAACAUUUAGUUAUUCGCCUAAUAAAAGUAUACGAUAAAAUUCGAUUUGAGAUGCUAACUACCAACGAAGAAAUAGACGAAGCCGGGAAGCUACAGUCAAAUGACAGUAAUACGGUUGAAAAUUUACGAGUAGAAUUGAGAGAAGCUACUUUGACAAAAAGAAGGCAGAAUCGUACGUCUGCGUGGGAUAAGAAUCGCAAAAAUUUGGGAGAAUGUCCAGAGAAUGAACUAUUCACGGUCGAGUAUGUUAAUGAGAGAGUGAAGUUUCUUAAGAAAAAAAGGAUAUCUCUUAAAGAUUAUAGAUAUUUGCCUAAUGCUCUUAUCCAGUCGGAGGAGAAUAUUUAUGCCUUUUUAAAAGUAGACCAAAGUUUAUCAGGCUUGAUACGCGAUCUGUCUGGUAAUAAUCCAAUCUUUCAAUUAUAUGCAGCCAAUUGCUGCUGUAAUAUUGCUCUUGGAAAUACAAAAGCAUGUACAGUAUUGGGAAAAGCAGUUAUUCCAUAUUUACUUAUCGAGUUAGAAAGCUUAAAUUAUAUAUUGCUGGAUAUUUGUAUUUGGACAAUUGGUAAUUUAGUUGCAGGAAGCCAUGUAGCUUUUUCUAUACUACAUGCACAGCAUUGUUUGAAAUAUUUAAUUUUAUUGUUAUCUAAUUGUGACGAUUUGAUACUUCCUUCUGUAAUAUAUGCACUUUUACAUUAUGUACAUGUGGGAUUUCAUGAGAUAUCAGAAAGUGAGAUGAUAGAGCUUAUCCAAGUUAUUACAAAACAAAAAUUUUUAUAUAAGAAUCCAAAUUUUAUUUGGUUGUUAGCAUUGUUAUCUUCUUCAACAGUAUGCACAACGUAUUUAUAUUCUAUUUUGCCACAAAUUGUUGAUCAUCUUUACUUAUUAUUUUCUGACUCAAAGGAAAUAUCUCAUGUUAGUGAGAUUACAGCAUCUAUACGUAUACUAGCUAACACGCUCAGCAAUUCUUGCAAAGAUGAAGCAGAUAUUCUUCUGAGAAACUCAAAAUAUUCAGAUGAGGAUCUGUGUCUUUUAUUAAAUAAAUUAUUAUCUCAUCAAUAUAUGCACAUCAGAAGGGAAACCUUAUGGUUAAUAGGAAAUUUGUAUAAUCACAGAUCAUCUAGUGUUGCUAAAAAUAUAAGAAACCUUGUAGCCUUUUUACCAGCACUGAAUCAGGCUUUUCUUUCAAUUGGUAAUUGUGUAUAAGCGAACAUUAAAACGACAUGUUCUUUUUCCAAAAAGGUACAAACUUUCUUGACAAUUCCGUGGAGGAAUACUGGUUUCUUUUUUUGUCUUCUAUACAUGGAACUUUGACGAUGUUGAAAUAUAUCUGUCCCAUUAGAUUUGCCGUUGGAUGAUUGGCAGCUUUUAAACAUUGAUAAAGCGCUUUGUCGCAAGUACAAUGUGACCUGUGAAGCAGUGAAACACU